GAGGCUCGCACCAGCCAACUGAGCUUCGAGGGCGGAUGGAGCUGGGCUUUUGGAGCUGCUGCUGCAACGAUGGCAACAGCGGGCUGUUGCUGAAGCAACGCAUACCCGACGUUGCCCUGUUUCAAGCCUGCUCGCUUGAGGCCUGGUACCAGACGGCGGGCGGCCUGGUCACCCAGGUCCGCGGCUCCGCGGCGGACUUCGCGCUGCGCCUGGGGGCCUUGGCGCCCCACGGCCCCGCGGCCAUCCUGCGCCACGGCCACGUGCGCGGCGACCCCCGGGAAGGCCUGCCCAGCGACAGCUUGGUGGCGAAGGUGCUGACGCUUGAAAAAGCGAAAGAUCUUCUGCAGCAAGUGGCGGAGGAGAAGGUGCCCAAAGUGAGCACUGGGGAGCUGAGCGGGCUGUGGACGUUGCAGGCUUACGUUGAGCCACGCUACGGUCUCCGGAUCAUUUCGGCCUACCACUGCAACAGCUACCUCGAGGAGCGGAGCGACAUCUUCUCCCACCGCUUCCGCGGGCUCUACCCGCCCCCCAACGCGGAGAUCCCAGUGCCGGACGGGGCCAAAGAUUCGCCCAAGGAGUUGGAGACCCCCUACCGCCAGGCCAUUGAGUCCAAGACCCUUGGAAUCGCGCGAUUUGCGCACAAGUUUCACCAGCUGGACCUGGAUGGCAUGGUCCUGGAAUUCAUUUUCGACCUGCAAGGUCGGAUCGUUCUGCACGGCUGCUGGGCUUUCUCCAUCUGCGACCGCCCGCGGCGCGCCGCGCCCCCAGGAGCGCAGGUCAUUUGGCAGCAGCCGCGGGUUCAUAGCGUGCCGCGCCCGGAAGAGCCAGAGCAGGUGCCGAAGAUCCACACCCCGCCGCGGCCGCGCAAAGCGGCGGACCCCGCACAGCUCCUUUUGGAGUUUUGGCAGGGCGAGGCGCUCUUGGGCGAGGCGGCCUUUGAUUGCCCCUUCCACACGGAGCUCCGCGUGCUGCCGUUGGCACCGCGGCCUCCGGCUUUUUCGCCGGAGGCGCUGGGCCAAUGUGGCAACGCCGUGGUGUCGCUGACGCCGAAGCAGGGCCAGUGGCUGGUCUUCAAGCUGGGCCGAGCGGAGGCCUUGAAGACCGAGUCGGAGGACCCGGUCCAUGCAGUGCUCUGGCUCUGGCGCAGUGGGGAAUAUGUCCCCGUCUGGAGCUCGCACGCCGAGCCGGUGGAGGAGUUUGUAGAUGGCAAGUGGGACUGGGUCCACGUUUGGCCCGGCGAAGCGGUCCAGCUGCCGCUGCCCUCCGCGGAUCGCUCGGGUCCCCGACCCUCGCCGCCGGUGGCGGCGGUGCCAACGCCGGAGGGUCGCAGAUGUGAAGCCCGCGGGCCCGAGCCAGAACUGGACACCGUGAAGUCCCCGUACGACCACGUCUGCGGCGCCGAGCUGGCGGCACACUGGGGCAUGAGCGAGAAGGGGGUGCUGCAGGGCCACCUCCUGGCACAUCAGGCCACGCAACGCCUCAAGCUGAGCCGCAGCAACCGCACGGGGCUGCUGAAGCAGCUGGCCGAGCGCGUCGUCAGCUUCCACAACAUGAAUCGGCAGUGGGAGAUCUUUCUGGAGACCAUGAAGUCUCAGCACCAGGAGGCGCAGAAGAAGCUGAAGAUCCAAGAAGAAUUCCUGGACUCUACCAAGGAGCGGUUCGACGCGUGCCACGGGGAGCACGAGCAGGCGCUCGCGGGCAUUUGCCGGCGCAUGAGCGCGGAGGUGGACGAACUGCGGCACCGCGAGCGCCUGGAGGCGGACCAACUUGCCAACUCGCAAGCACGUGUGGACGGUCAGCGUCAGAAGGUGCAGGAGCUUGAGGCGCAGAAGGAGACUCUCCAGACCUCCCUGGGCCGUGUGCGGUGCAAACUGGACGACCUGGCGGCAGAGGAUGUGAAGUUGCGCCAGCAGUUGGAAGAGACUCGUGCGCAACAUCUGGCAGAGCAAGCGGCGAUGCUGAAGUCGGCCAGGAUCUCGGAGGAUUUGGUGGAGCUCCAGCAACUCAAGAAGAGGCUGGCAGCUACAACUGUGGCCUCCGGUCAGGAGCACAAGCACAUCCUGAAGAUGGAAGACUUCGUGCGACGAGUUGCUAAUCAAGACGCUCGGUCGCUGCGAACGGGUGGCGGCUACAUCUUGGAUAGCCUGGCCAAAGCAGAAGCAAAAGCCUUGCUGCAGGAGCUAGGCUUGGAGUGAGCUCGCAAAAAUGCGAAAAUGCGGUCUCGCAGGGCGGAAGAUCAGCUGG